ACUGUCUGUGAAUGUCUGUGGACUGAACAAUGCUAACUUAUUUGAAAAGCACGUAAAAGUUCAGCUAGACUUAUUUGGGUGAAUAUUAUGUGUCUUUAAUUAAUUUCGCCAUGUUUUUAUGAAGUUAAACCUUCCGUUUAUGUGUUUUAUAGCCAGUAGAAAAUCUUUCCAGUUUAGCUAGCUAGCUAACAUUAACAUGAUGCCGCCUUCCCAGACGGAGCAUGCGCUGUUUGUCCACAUGAGAUGACCAUUCUACAUAAAUGCAGAGAGCCACGGAGGCAGGAAGAGUCCGACGGUCCCCAGCAGACACACGAUGAUGAACAUCCACAGAAAGAUCCGGUCUACAACCAUGGCGACGUACUUCCAGUCCUCCUUCACCUGCAGAGUCGGAGUAGACACAAAAAGGAGACCACCAGUGGAAUGUAACUGAUACACUUACUCCAGUACUCUAUUUAAGCCCAAAGCACAAUGUCCGGCACCCAGAUGAGCUCAGAAGGCACCCUGAUGGACGUCACAUUGUCGAAGUCGGAGGGACUCCACUGCAGCUUAUAGUCCGUCCAUUCCUGCCAACACACGCCGUUUUAAAGAGAAAUAGAAUCUUGUUUCAACCACAGGUGAUGCCCUGGCAGUGGAGGAGCACCCUGUUGCUGGAAUACUAAGCAGCGGCAGAGACUGACAACCUAAUGGAGACAUAAACCCUACCGAUGGAAACCCAGAGGAAGAGCUCUGGGGAUGACCACGGUGGAGAGCGAGGCCUGCUCCACACCUGGAAGGGCUACUCCUGCAGUGUCACCCCCGAAAGGCUGUUCCUCCCUGGGCCGGUCCUCCAGGUCGCCCUGGGCACACGGCAUGGAGUUCUGCUGGUGGAAGGCGGACAGGUGUAUAGUUUUGGGGAGUUGCCAUGGAAGCAGAGUCAAGCGGCCGAGCCGGCCAAGCCCACCCUGGAGAGUGCGCUCAGCGGCCAGCGCGUGGUCGCCGUCGCGGCUGGAAGCUUCCACAGCGGGGCGGUGACGGAGGACGGCGGCGUCCACAUGUGGGGCGACAACAGCUCGGGGCAGUGCGGCCUGUCGGGCCUCAGCGCCGUCCCCAACCCGACUCCGGUCGCCCUGUUGGACUCUGACACCGCCAGCCCCCCGACUGCUCCGGUGCUGGAGCUGGCCUGCGGGGAGCAGCACACCCUGGCACUGUCGGCCCAGCGGGAGGUGUGGGCGUGGGGCAGCGGGCGCCAGCUGGGCCUCAGCGUCGCCACCUUCCCCGUCUGGAAACCCCAGAAGGUUGAGCACUUGGCGGGCAGGUAUGUGCUCCAGGUGGCCUGCGGAGCGUCCCACAGCCUGGCGCUGGUGCGCUGCCUGAGCUCGCAGGACGUCCACCGCCCCCUGGUGGACAAAUGCAGACAGUGUAACCAGCUGCUGUUCACCAUGACGGACAAAGAGGACCACGUCAUCAUCUCUGACGGCCACUACUGCCCGCUCGGCGCGGAGCCGGCCGAGGACGGGGACGGGCUGGAAGCGCCCGCUUCGUCGUCGCAAGUCCUCAGAACAUCCCCGUCCGAGCCGACCCUCUCCUACCACGCCGCCGCCUCAAACCCCCCGGCGCUCGCAGGAGGCACCGACCCCACUCAGGACUCGGAGAACGAGGCGUCGGCUGGGUCGGCCGCGUCCAACGGAGCACCACCGGCGUCGGACUCGGGCCUCUCGGCUCAGUCCAAUGGCGGAGUUCUUUUCGGGGUCAAGGGGUCCCCCUAUCCGGACGAGCAGGCCGUCAAAGACUAUCUGAAGAGACUGUCGGAGAACACGCAGGCGGAUCAGACAGUGAAGGCGACUCUGCUGACGUCCGAAGGAAGGCUGACCACCGGCUCCACGCUCAACAACUUAGUGGCGUCCUGCGCCUCGGCCGUGGGCGAGCGGGUCGCCUCCACCUACGAGGCCUUGUCCCUCAAAAAGAUGAUGAACUUCUACCUGCCCUCAGGAGUGGCGAGGGCAGACGGGCCGGUGGCGGGGCUCACGGGCGUCACGGGCGACAACACCGCAGAGCGCGUCCGCCAGGAGGACUCCACCCAGGCCAAGAAGAGCUCCAGCACGGGGGACAUCCGCGAGGAGGAGGCCGAGGGUCUGCGGCGCCGCCUCUCGCUCCCAGGACUCCUCUCUCAGGGUAGAUACGCUGUUCACCUCUUAUCCUCCUCCUAUACCCUGCUGCUGUCCCCGCGGCUGCUGAGGAAAGCCGGUCGGACGAGGAUGCGUGCAGUCGCCCUCACCCCAUUGGGAGGGGCGGUCCCCGGGACCCAGGAGCUGUUUCCCACCCUGCAGACGGAGGUGUGGAGUUGGGGCCAAGGCGAGCACGGACAGCUGGGACAUGGAGACAGCCUGGCCAGAUUACAGCCGCUGUGCAUCAAGAGUCUGAACAAUAAGGAGGUGGUGCGGGUGGCAGCCGGUGCUCAUCAUUCCCUCGCUCUGACUGCUCAGUCUCAGGUGUUUUCAUGGGGAAGUAACAGCUCUGGUCAGCUUGGACACAUGGAGUCACCCACCACUGUCCCCCGCCUUGCAAAGCUGUCAGAGGGGAUCCGGGUCUGGGACAUAAGCGCUGGAGAUAGACACACUCUCCUGCUCGCAGACGGAGAUUGCAUCCUUCCAAUCAUUUACUACAGCGGACUGCAGGUGAAAGAGGGGGCGGAUGAGAGCCACGCCAAGGGAGCAGGUCAACAGGAAGAAGGGAAGGAAGAGGAGGAGCGAGUAGGGGGCUACACCCAGCAGCCUGUACUACUGCCCUUCUGCAUGGACCUCGGUUAUGUGAGCAAUGUGGUUGCGGGCGGCCAGCGGUGCGUGGCGCUGUCGGACAGGAACGUGAUGGGCUUCAUCGCCAGCCUCCACGAGCUGGCUUCAGCCGAGAGGAAGUUUUACUGCAAGCUGUGUACCAUCAAGACACAGAUAAUACGCCCGCUGCUGGAGCUGGAGUCUCUGAGUUCGGCCCUCAGCCAGACGGCCAUGGGGCUCCUCCACACUCUCGCAGGCCGAUUCAGCCUCUUGUGUCACCUAACCGGGCAGCACUCCGCCAGCCUCACCGCAAACCUGCGCCGAGUCCGUGACGUCAAAAGCCUGCUCAUCCUAGACCACGCCAGCAUCUUCCUUGACUCUUACCAUGAGUACUGCAGCGCUGUGGGCAACUUCCAGGUGAUGGGAGGUUUCCAGACCCUGACCAAACCCUCACUAGAUUUCUUUGGGAAGAAUCCCGAGCUGCUUAAAAGGCUGUCGGAGUGCAGCGAGGAGAACCCUACCAUGGCCGACCUCCUGGUGGCGCUCUUCUUCCUCCCAACACACCACCUUCACGAAUACGGCCGGCUGCUGCUCAAACUGGCCACCUGCUUUGAAGUGUGCUCCAAUGAAUACCAGGUGCUGCAGGACAGCUGCUCUAAGUUCGAAUCUUUGACCCAACUGCUGAAGAGAAAAAGGAAAGAUGCUGACUACACCUGUCAUUUCUGGAAGAGCUUCCCUGGCAAAAUGACGGACUCUCUCCGGAAGCCUCACCGCCGGCUCAUCUGCGAGAGCAGCAACAAAGCUCUGACGCUGCAGAACGCCGGGAGGUUCUCCGUCAACUGGUUCAUCGUGUUCAACGACGCUUUGGUCCACGCACAGGGCGUGGCGCCUUGUAAAAAUCUUUUCUCCACCCAUCACGUCUUCCCCUUGGCCACUCUUUGGGUGGAGCCGAUUCCAGAGGAGAACACUGGCCUAUAUGGGUUAAAGGUGAUCACACCAGAGGAGACGUUCCACCUGCUGGCCUCCUCUGCCAUGGAGAAGGCCAAGUGGCUUCGCUCUAUCAACCAGGCGGUGGAGCAAGCCUUAAGCGGAGCGGGACAGGACACUACGUCAGUUGACUCUGGAUCGGGGCAAAAGCUAGAACCCCCCGUCUCCAGGACGGCCUCCUACACUUUCUAUAAGGACGGACGGCUGAAAGAGGCAACGUACGAAGGCUGCUGGCUCGCCGGCAAGCCCAACGGCAGGGGAGUCUUAAAAUGGCCUGAUGGGAGAAUAUACACGGGCACCUUCAAGAACGGACUGGAAGAUGGUUUUGGUGAAUUUUGGGCUCCCAAUAAGACGCUCAACAAAAGCGAUCACUAUCAAGGUCACUGGAAAGAUGGCAAGAUGCACGGCGUCGGGACGUACAGGUAUGCCAGCGGUGAGGUUUACGAUGGAUUCUUCCAGGAUAACAUGCGACACGGCCACGGCGUGCUGCGCAGUGGCAAGCUCAACACCUCCUCCCCCAGCGUCUUCAUUGGCCAGUGGCUGCAGGACAAGAAGACCGGCUACGGCGUCUUUGAUGACAUCACAAAAGGGGAGAAGUACAUGGGCAUGUGGCAGGAUCACCUGCGGCAGGGCACCGGGGUGGUCGUCACUCAGUUUGGCCUCUACUACGAAGGAGCCUUCAAAGAUAACAAGAUGAUGGGCACUGGGAUCCUCCUGUCAGAGGACGACACCACGUACGAGGGGGAAUUCUCUGACGACUGGACUCUCAACGGAAAGGGCGUGCUUACCAUGGCCAACGGUGAUUACCUGGAGGGCUCCUUCAACGGCGAAUGGGGCUCCGGCCUCAAAGUGGCGGGGUCCUACUUCAAACCACACCUUUUUUUGGACACCGACAAAGACAAGACCCGCGCUGUGAAGCUGGGGCGUCUGUGUGUGCGCGCGGAGGAUAAGUGGAAGGCAGUGUUCGAGGAGUGUUGGAGGCAGCUGGGCUGUGAGGAGCCGGGCCGAGGAGAGAACGGGACGGCCUGGGAGAACAUCGCUGUGGCCCUCACCACCAACCGACGACACAUCCAGGACAGUCCGGAGACGUUGUCACUAAGCCACAGCAGAACCCUGGAGAGCCUGGAGGUCAUCCCGCAGCACGUAGGCGUGAUCACCAUGGAGAGAUAUCACACCGUCCGCCUCUACCUCGUCAAGGCAUGUGACACCCCCCUCCACCCACUGGGCCGGCUUUUGGAGACCCUGGUGGCGGUCUACAGGAUGACCUACGUUGGAGUCGGAGCCAACCGCCGGCUGCUGCCUCAGGCUGUCAGUGAGAUCAAGUCGUACCUCAACCGCAUCUUCCAGAUCGUCAGGUUUCUUUUCCCAGACAUGCCAGAAGAGGGCGGUCUUAUUCCAGAGCCAACCACCAGCAUCCAGGACAAGAAGGACCCAGGAUCCAGCGAUGCCCCGCUAGAGUCACCCAAACCUGGUCGUGUGGUGAGCAGCUCGGCUCUGCUGCUUCCGGUCCUGCUCCCCCGCCUCUACCCGCCGCUCUUCACCCUCUACGCCCUGGAAAAGGAGAGAGAGGACGACGUCUACUGGGAGUGUGUCCUCCGUCUCAACAAGCAGCCGGACCUGGCCCUGCUCGCCUUCCUGGGUGUUCAGCAAAGAUUUUGGCCUGUUUCCAUUCCCGUCCCAAUGCCUGCACUUGGAGAGAAGCAGCAGGUCCUCUCUAGCACCAAGGACGUCUGCUUUGCUUCCGCAGUGGAAACACUACAACAGAUCAGCACAACAUUCACCCCGUCAGAUAAGCUGCAGUUGAUCCAGCUCACCUUCGAGGAAAUCACCCAGGAGGUUCAGGCGCUGUUGAAGCAGGACUUCCUGUGGUCCAUGGACGACCUUUUCCCCGUCUUCCUCUACGUGGUGCUGCGUGCACGAAUCAGGAACCUGGGGUCAGAGGUCAGCCUGAUCGAAGACUUGAUGGACCCCUGUGUGCAGCACGGAGAGCAUGGGAUCAUGUUCACCACACUCAAGGCUUGUUACUACCAGAUCCAGCACGAGAAGAUCACUUAAGACGAGCGCGGCGUCACUUUCCCGCCGUCCCGUCCCUGCCAUCACAGCAAAUGGCCGGGGCCAACGGUCAGCGAGGCUUCUCAGGAUGACUGGUUUCGAGCGGCAGCCAAUGGGAAGCGGAGGAAUCGUACCAACAGGUUGCCGACGGCUCCAUCUGCCGCUAUCGUGGCGAUGCAUGUAUUCCCCUCUCUCCGACACACACACACACACACACACACACACACACACACACACACACACAAACACACAAUCUUUCCCCCUUUUUUAAGUGACCUCUUCCAGCUUCUUAUGCACUGAUCUUGAAGGAACAUGUGUGAAUAGCGUCGCUGUUAUGAUCGACUGCCAGAGAUGAGCCACUUCAUACCGUCCAGUGUGAAACUGUCCACAGCUGAAAAGACGGACUUCCUGUGGGAAAUCCUAGCUGACGUUGUCACCUGGGAGGAAAUUCCGGAUUCAGACCAGUGUUUUUUGUUUGUUUUUUGCCAAUGACUUGUUUGUUUUCUGGUUUAUCUUCUCACAGUCAGCAUACUGUGAAGUACUAUGAAGAAUCAAUUUCUAUUAGCAUAAAAAACUACUUUUUCAGCACAGAAAACCUUCUCUUUUUUCAGCUUUGGCUUAAUAAUCUUUGUAUCAUUUGUUUUUUAGUUUUUCAAAAUAAAAGCAAAAACUGACUUGAUUCCUCAAUACUGAUUUAUAAACCCAAAAUGAAAAAAAAAGAAAGACGUGUUUUCCCAAUUUCCGAUUAUUAUUAUUAUUAUUAUUAUUAUUUAUUUAUUUUUCAAGCGUUUCAUCCAAUUUAGAAAAAGAAAAUAUCAACUAACGCAAAUUGCCUGACCCAAAAGGCAUCUUCACCUUUGCAUUUUUUUUUUUGCUUUUUGGUUUUAUUUUGAAAAACAAAUGAUAUUAACUUAGCCGGCUCUGGCACCAUCUUUGUUUUUCUUUAAGACAGAUUCAGCUCCAUGACUUGUUUCUGAAGCCGAACACUUUUCAAGAAACAGUUGUAAAAAUGUAUCCGUUGACUUGAAAAAGCACACAUGCUCCAAACGCACACUUGAUGACUCUUAAAGUACCGCGGACGUUUAGUUCCCCAGCUUUUGACAGGAAGUAGGACAAAGUAAAAUCACAGCGCCACUAAUGCAAAAACCAGGCGGGGGAAAAAAAUAAAGCUUUGCAGGAAGAAAUGUUUUUCAUAGACAAUCUCUGAGCCAUUUGUGUGUUUCUGGGCCUAGUUCACAGUAUCGACACAGGGCUGCCAAAUCUGAAAAAGUAUGGGGUUAACCCUUGUGUGACGCAUCAUCCUCCUGGGUCAAAACUAAAAAUGUUUUCUGAUGUUGAUUGAUGAUUGUCUCUUUUUUUGUUGUUGACAAAAACCCAUUUUUUAUGUUUUUCACUUCUGUGUAUGAACACCACUAACACCAAGUUAUUCCUCGUUUUAAUUUUUGGGGAAUUCAUGGUCAAUAAAUGUCUUUUGUAGGAGAUUAUACAUAAUUCUUGAGUUAAAAAAAGCAGAAAUUAUGAAUAGUUUAGACUAAUAUUUAAGGAAGGAUAAUGACUGAAGGGUCAACUUUCAGUUGGGAUACUUAAAAAAAAAAAAGGCAAAAAAUUUGAAUAAAACACACAAAAUUCAAUGAAAGUACAGAUCCAAUAUUUUUUGUUGUACUUGCACAGUGCGUUGAAUGGAACCAUCCAUGUUAUUUUUGGGUAAUCUAACUUUGGUAGCUAAAAAGAUAUAAAAAAUGGGUUAAAUUUGACCCGAUGACAACACAAGGGUUAAAAUCGGGGUCUUGUUCUUUAGUUUCAAUACACUAACAGUUAUGCCUCUCCAAAGAUGGCAAUUUUAAGUUUUUCAGAUGAACUGAAGUGUUAAAGUGAUGCAAAAAAGGAUCCUUCUCGAGUUAAAUGCAGGGUCAGAAAACUGAAACAGGGCUGUUUCUUAGGUCCCGAACGCUUUUAGAGAUGCACGUUUUUGGGUUUUUUCCAGGACCUGUUUCUUAACCAAUGGUGUCAUGUUGUGGUUUGUUAUGCUGUACAUCCUACUUUCUGUUUUUUUAACAGUAGUGGAAGUUGAUCUGCAGGUUCCCUCCGACAGAGAUCCCCUGGAUUCCCACUGACGUCCAAUAGGAAUUGAGGUUUUGGGAGACACUCAACCAAGCUAAAAGAAUAAUCGUAUGAGUUUUGUAUUAUUGUGUUGUUGUAGAUAACGGUGGUCAUUGCAGGUGGGGAGAGAAGUCAGCGCAUUUUUCAUGAACCUAACUGCCAUCUGACGUAUUGUUACACCUGUUUGUCUGUUAGCAAUGAAUGGAAAAAGCUUUUUUUUUUUUUACUUAAGCUUAAUUUUGGAUUUUACCGGCUGCAGUUGGCUCGACCCUUGUGUUGUCUUCCCGACAACUUUUUGUUUUUCCGGGUCCAAAUUUAAAAUUAAGGUUUUGGUCGUCUUUUUCAACACUUUUUUUGGACACUUUUUCCGAUGUUUUUGUCUUUUGUCUUUUUGCUUUUUGCUUGUUGUUGUUGUUGUUGUUCUUCUUUGUUUCCCACCUAUUUGAAGCUUUUUCCUACAUUUCAACCGCUUUGUCACUUUUCUGAUGCUUCUGUGCUAUAAAAUUCAAAUUCAAUGAAUGUAGUAAACUGAUCAGUUAUUUUACUUGUUAAGAGCGUUGUAUGGAACUAUCCACAUUAUUUUGUUUGAAAGAAACCCAAAUUUCUGAUUUAGAAACUUUUUGAAAAAAACAGGAGGGUUAAUGCAAACACUGUUUUUUACAUGUGAUGUUCAAAGCUGAUUCUGCGCCAUCUGUUAAUACUGACUGUUCUUUUUUUUUUUCAAACCAUUACAGCAGAAACUGUCAGACGUUGGUUUAUUUUGUGAUUUGCGUCACACAUGCCAGUUUAAAAAAGGGCUUAGGGAGGGAUUCAGAGGAUGCCCAAGCCUUUAUAUCUAAUUUGAAAUGUCAUGGCUUUUGUUUUUGGCAGAUUAAUAAUAAUACAGCCUGUGGAUCAUAGUCCUCUUAUUUAUUUUUGUUUUUGUGAAGGAACUAAAUUAAGGUGAAGCUGAGGUUUCCCCCGUGCAGGAUAUUGAAAAUCUAGCAACAGCAUAUAGGCGUCAAAACUGUUUAAAUGUAAAGCUCUUGUCGUCAGUGGUGGAGUCCUCGAUUCCUGGACCUGGACUCAAGUCCCUAUUCGCUGGACUUGUGACUGGACUAGGACUCGUAAACUGAUGACUUGGACUCGGAAAACAUUGUUGGAUGAUUGUUCUGACUACUUUAAUGUGUAAUAGGCAGCGAUGGAGUACUCGAGUCCUGGACUCGGACUGGAGUUGCUAUUCUCUGGACUUGGACUCAGGUACUGGAGACUCGACUCGGACUUGACUCAGACUCAACAGUUGAUGACUCGGACUCAGACUCAAACUGGGGACUCAAGACUUGACUCAGACUUGGCAGUUGGUGACUCGAGACUUGACUUUCGGCAAAGGAGAGAAAACCAUUCUCCAUGUACAACAUUAUUUUGUCAAAAACGGAGACUUUAACUUUUGUGCUGUUCUUUAAAACAAAUUCUUAUUUGACUUUGUUCAGUAUGUUGUGUGAAUGCGGUUUCAUAAUUCCGCUAUGAUUUCCAUCCAUGUCCCUGAAGCUCGUCUAAUUUUGCACGUGAAAACGAAGGACUAAAGCAGUAUUUUCAGUGGACAACACCACUGCUUUAUUGUAACUCUUGUACCGUUAACUGACUCACUUACAUGAAGUGUUAUUUUACAAUCCAAAAACUGAAAAGUUAUAGAUAUCACCUGAAUAACAAGAAUGCUCAUAAGCUCAUGUUGGGAUCAUGUCCUCAACACAUGUUUACUAUGAAAACACCACACGCAGAUCACACAUUGUACAUUGUGUGUGUGUGUGUGUGGGGGGGGUGGACUGUUUUGUCAAUGGACUUGGUGUUUACUGGUUGACAUUUUGUGUUUUCAGCUGGCUGACAUGACUCCCACCUGUGUCUUUUACAUGAUGUCAAAUCUAUUGUACCUUUUAAAUAAUAACCGAGGGCAAUAAACUCAUUUGAUGGACGUUGCUAACUAA